CAUGAGAGGGCGGAGAAGCCCAGCUGCUGCGAAUGAUGAUCUGACAGAUCGGUUUUCCCCAGUUUUCCCUAGGUGUAUUGAGAUGCUGGAGGAUUAUUGUUGUGUGCCUUCUCUUCAAGACUUACGGGUUACCGGCUUUUGUGAUUGUGAAGAUUUCUUGGAUGUGUUAUGCAGUUACUGCUCAAUGGAGACUAGUGAAAUAGUUCCGUGACAUGUAUUGACAGAAAUCCGCAAUUCUGUGGUGUGAGUGAGAAAUCCUAUAUAUUCAAAAUAAAAGACAAUGGCGUUUGGUAGCGCAUCCAGUCUGCUUAAGGCACCAACUAUGUUGGAACAACUGCUUGAAGAAAUUAAUUUUCAAAGAACAAAAGAAAUGAGGCAACUUUUGAAAGAUGAUUCAGGAUUUGUGAUGUUGCAAGGAACCACUUAUUGGACGGAUUUGUUUGUCCGACACUUCUUAUUUCAGACAGAGCAUUGCAUUGACUGUGAUGAUCUUUUAUUCUUUGUGAGAAAGCGCCAUAUUAAAGGUUCCUCUCGAUAUUUACCUAAAUUUGAGACUGAAGUUGAUGUUUUCCGCAAAGAUAGUCGUAAAUUACCCAUUGGUGACCCAGACAUUGAUUGGGAAGAAACUGUAUAUCUCAAUCUCAUAAUUCAUCAAUUUGAUUACACAUUAACUCUCGCUAUUUGCACAAGGACCAGCCCAAAGGAACUUCAAGUUCUCAAAAGACAUUCACAGAAAGUGUAUGCUUCUCCUAGUCGUAGAAGAAUGGAUGCCAAAGGGGAAGUUGAGGAAAUGACCUACCCUCAUAUCUGCUUCAUGGUGGACAACUUUGAUGAAGUAUUUUGUGACAUAUUGGUCAGAGAUGGUGAAAUGGUAUGUGUGGAAUUGGUGGCAUCUGAUAGAGAUGGCGCCAUUCAAGGAGUAAUUUUUCUUGGAUCCAUUCGGUAUGAUGCUCUGAAGAAAGUAUAUGAUGCUAGAUCUAGCUUGAGUAGCAAAAUGGCACAAAGGAUGACAUUUGGACUCUUCUCUGGGGCUACUACACAGAGGGUAGAGUUUGUGCGAAUGAAAGGACCUCAAGGCAAGGGUCAUGCUGAAAUGGCUGUGACUAAACCAAAAGGGUCAGGUGCUGAAACCCCAACUUCAGAACCCGGACUUUGUGCAACCGAUAUGUGGGAUUCUGACUGGGAUGAAGAUCCUGAAGAAUUUUAUGUAUACAGGCAUCAGAGAAGACUAAGUGAUCCUAGUGCUAAUCUGAAUAAUUUUGUCCGCGGGGGAUGGAAAACGAAAGCUUAUGAAUCUGCAGGUGCCAAGUCUCGAUCUGAAAAUGAAGGUCUAGAUUCAAUGGCCAAUGGUCUGACAGAAAUUGAAGCAGGAGAUGUGAGAGAUGAGCUCGGGUUUUGCCUGCACUCUUCUACUUCUUCUUCUUCCUCCUCUCCCCGUAUUCGGUGUUCAAGUCAGAGAGCAUCGCACACAGGUUUAAUAAGCAUGGGCAUGUCACAGAGUUACUGUGGAAUGUCCACCCCAGUACAAGGGAAUACAACCAAAUGCUCAACUGGGACCUGUAGUGAUGAAAGUAUGCAGAGAUGCUCCUCAUGUGUCAAUAAUAAUGCACAAUGCAAUGGCACCUUGGAUACCACAUUAGAUGCAAGUGUAUGUAGGCCUAAUAGUUCAAAAAAAUCCUGUAUUUCCUUGGGAGACAGCUCUCCUCAAAAUGGUGCCAAUGUUGCCACUGCUUCUGGUGUUGUGCAAGGAAAGCUCUCGACCACAGGAAAAACUGAAAACUCCCUAAAACUGGGUGAAACCCACAAUGGGCCUACUACAGGUAAUCGUAUACUGGGAAGAAAUAGCCGACCUGAUAGACUCAAUGAAACAGCAGAUAGUUUGACUGUAGAACAAGAACCAGUGACACCAGCGCCAUGUGUAUCAGAAUAUUGUACCAGAUCCUUACCUAAACGUCUGAAGGAUUCCGUGAACAAUCGUACAAAAACCUUAGGCAGGUGUGUGACCCCACCAUUCCGGCUGACACCAGAUGGUACACUUGUAAAUUAUUGGUGUGAUAUGCCCCGCAGAGGUGUUCCAGGAUCUCGGGAACUGGAUGAUGGAGCUUACAAUCCCUUGUGGACUAUGAGGGGUUUCACACAGACAUUCCACUUUUGGAAAGAAUCAAGACGUGCCCAGUCAGUUCCAUUGAAUGCUUUCCUUACAUACAUUACUUUGCCAUGGUGGAGCAUUGCAAAAGACAUUCUAGACCACCGCGAAGGACCCAUUUUAACAUUUUAGUGUUAACUUCCUUUGAACAUUACACACGUCAUCCUGGAACAUCUCAGGAAAGAACUUCUCACUUCGAAAUGGUGUCCAUGUCUUGUUGAAAUAUAUUGUUAAUGUGUUCGUGACUGAGUCCUUGUUUGAAAACAUGAAAAUGAGCUAGUUGAUUUAAUUGCAUUAAUAAGUGAACAAAUUAUUUUUAAUCUGAGAUUUAUAAAAAGAAUGUAUAAGAUCUUAUAAACAUAUUUCAGUGUCCAGUUUGUUGUAGCCCUCAAGUUCUCAGUGCAGGACAAUUAAUUAUCUUAAAAUACAUUAUUAGAAGUUGUCUUCUAAUUUCUUAGAAAAUGAUGUUGUAAGCUACAACAGUCAUCAACACUGUGAUGUUAAACAAUGGGAUGAUGUUAUAAACAAUCCUCUAAUAAGUUGUGCAAUUCAAUGAAAUGAUAUUAUUUUCUCUAUACUUUUGGAAGAGAAUGUUUAUGGGAGCAUAUACUUGGCUACUUCAUUGUUUUUCUUAUAGUAAUUCAAUAUAUUUAUAUUUUUCCUCUGCUUUUCACAUUUUAUAAUUGGGAAGUAAUAUAGAUUUUAUUUCGUAGACACUGAAAUUAUUUCUGUGUAGCGAAAAAUUCCUCAAAAUAAUGUUUUUUAUUUAUUUUUGGGGUGCUUGAUGUUUAUUGAUGGCUAUUAUUAAGUCAUAUGUUUUGUAGUGAAUAAGGAGGAAUUUAACUACAGCAAAGAAAAUUUUUUGAAAUACUUGAACUUUUGUUUAUGCUUUGCAUAUAAAAUGUUAUAGUUACCCAUUUUGUGUUUUAAUUUUUUUAGAGAAGAUUAUUUGAAAUAGUUGAGCUUUUGUUCAUACUUUGCACAUAAGAUUUUAUGGUUACCCAUUUGUUUUACCAGUACCCAGCUGUUUUAAUUCUUUUAGAUAUUACUGUAUAGGUAAGUGAGAACUUUUAGGAAACUAAAUUCUCUAAAUUCUCUUGUUCAUUCCCUGAAGCAGAGCAUUAGAAUCUCAAAGUAGAGUAGGAUUUUCAAUAUGAAAUGAAACUUAAACUCCUUUUCUGUACUUCAGAAACUAGUAUUGAUUGUCGGUUUUGUAUAACAGAAUUGAAUGUGAUGAUAUAUGCUAGUCACUGCCAAAGAAUAUGCUUUUGUUGAGGGAAGGUUGCCUUGAGACAAGUGUUGAAAAGGUGUAUGGUAAAAGGGGUGUAUGAAUUCGAUCAAGUGUUAAAAUUAUAAAACAAAGUUUUGGAUUGGUGAAAUAUAACUUGCUCAUAUCAUUAAUAAUAUAAUAAUAAAAAUUUGAGUAAUUAGUCUGUUACAGUAUCUUGAAAGUAUCAUAUCUCCUGUUAUACUCCUUCCGUCCCAGCAACCAGCUAUUCCACAUAGUUUAACUUGUGUAUGCCAAGUAGGUUCUUAACUAAGUCCUUUUUAUUUGUCUAGAUGUUUUUAAAUAAGAAAUUGUGAUAAUUCUUUUCUUAUAGAUGUUUCCGACAAUGUGUCAGUACAAUUCACAAAGGAAAUGUGAUAGAAGUAGUUCACUCAAAUUACCAGUAGUAUCAGACUAGUUAUAUCUCUCUCUGUAAAUUUAGAUAAAAAUUAAAGUUUAGUUGUCUUGAUAUGAACAAAUUCAUAUUUUUUAAUAGUGUUAUUAGAUUGAAAAUCAAACUAGAGGAAAUUGAAGAGAAAUAUGGCAAUAGGUUUACAUAGCACGUAUAGUACACUCUAUGAAGAAAAGUUUUAUCUUUAAUUUUUUAUUAUUUUGAUUGAUUUUCUCAAAACCUUUGGCAUAAGCGAGUUAAAUUUCAGGAGUAUAAUCGCAGUCAUUCUGUAAAUGGCCAAAGACAGUUGUGUUGUGACAAUAUGUUUGGGAAGUUGGUCGGACAUUAUAAUCAUGCAGAAGCUAAGAUAACUUCCUAUACUUUUCAGAAUGCAAAAUUAAUAGCAUUAUUUCUUCAAAUAGGACCAAAUUGCCAAAACUAUUAAAGUGUGUAAAAUGUUUAGAUUUUCACAUGUAGGAAAUUUUCCUAUUGUCAAUAUGAAUUUGUCUCUUGUGGUGCAAUACACGUAUGAUAUAUUGUGCAGAGAUUGAGAACUUGAGGGAGGCUGAAGUAACAAAGAAAACAAGAUGACUUUGGAAAUAAUUAUGCAUUGUAUGUUAGAUAUUUUUUUGUUUAAUUGUGAUAAUCAUGGUGUAGAAUGAAUAGUGGAUUUGUUUUGUACUGAAUAUUUUGUAAACCUAAAGAGGGGAAUGAUAUUUGCCCCAAAUAUUAUAUACUUCUUCCUGAAUAAUCUGCUUUGUUGUGUAUUUUUAUUUGCCACGCUGUUGAACGAAAGCAUGAUUGAAAAAAGUUUUGUUUUACAAUGGUACCACAAAAGAAAAGUUAGCUAUAAGAGGAGAUACUGAUAAUUUAAUGAUGAUUUUGUAGAAGAAAAUCCUUCCAUAAAUGUGUACUGGCACAUGCACAACUCAAAAUAUGAAACUCAAGAAUUUUAAAAUGGUGUUAGGCUACAUUGUAAUGCAUUAUUUAAGUAUGGCCAGAAUUUUGUCUUUUAAUGAAUUAAUCAUAACAUUAAAUAAAAAAGUACAAUUGUGAUGAAUCUUUUCUACUUAAGAAGUCUUGUGUAGAAAUCUUUACAAUGGAAAGUAUGUGUUCAGACUGUCAUUAAGAGAUCUGCUAGGUGUGUAUGAUUUCAUAAUUUGUAAUUAUCUGGCACCAAAAUCUUCUCUGGAUGUUAGUGUUACAUUGUAAAAUCAUUACUAUUUUUUUUGUUCAGUGUUUAUAUUAGUGUGCAAUAAAUGAAAUUUUUCAAUGCAA